AUGGGUGCAUCCAACGGCACACAGCUCGGGAUCGAGUACCUUGCGGCCGCGGCUCAAGAGAAAGAGCUUGAGAAGAAGAUUCAGACCGCUCUUGCAUUGGGUCGUGGUCAUAUUCAUGCAGUACAGGACGUCAAAAGAUGGAAGCACGAAACGCGCUUGAAGCAAGCCGAUAACAAAGGUUCUUUGGAGUCGUUCACUCAUCGCUUUAACGCCAAGUGCGCAGAAAUACAGCCAAACAAAGAGCCGACCGAGGUCCAAAAGAAGACUUUGAAGAUGUUAGCCCAAAGUGUCGAGCGAACGAAAGCCAACCAAGGUAUCAUGGAUGAAACGAUAGCGAACUACGAUAGGGAUCUUGCGCGCGGUUUGAACAGGUGGCGGAAGGCUUGGGCCGACAUAGACAAGAUUCUAGCCAAAGUGUGGACAGAUGCAGGGCGGCUAGUACCCGACGACGAUUCAGAUGCGGACAACGAAAGGCCACCUAGAGCGACUGAGUCAAAGAACAAAGCCGGAAGAAACGGAGGCCGGGCGAAUAUACCUGGCGACAACUUGCCGUUAGCUGCACCGGAGGUAGAGCCCGCUCGACAAAGGCAGGCGGGAAGACGAAGAAGCGAUAUCUCGGAAUGGCAAAACAGUGUCGAAGCCCAUAGUCCCACAAACCUUGAUAAGGGAAAAGAUGCAACUACGCGCGACAGCAAGCGCAUGAUCAUGACGAGCAUCGAGAACGACGAGACCGAAGUCGGUCAAGCAGUCCAGGACGAGAACGAGGUACAUCUAGAGACGCACCAGACUAUCGGGAACGUAAUCACCGCGAAAGUCAGCAGCGUAGGACUCGCGAUGAAAGCGCACGGAGGAUAA